UUUUUUUCUAUUCCCACGUGGAAUUUCCAUUUGGUCGUUUGAUUUGUCGCAGCAGAAAAAAAAGCAGCACAUAAAUUUUCGUACAUUACUCAUCAAUUCAAUUCACAAAUCGAUCAAUCAAUCAAUCAAUCAAAUCAAAUCAGUCAAUAAAUACCGUUAUCAUCAAUCAAUUUGAUUUUGUCGAUUUCACAAUCAUUGCUUUCGUUGUACUUAUAUUACGAAAAAAAAAAAUUGAUAAUGAUAAUUGGACGAUAUAAGAAAACCCAAGGGUAGUUUUCUCUGAAUUUGAAGCGCAAAAUCAAAAACAGAAAGAAAAUUUUCUUCUGUGGCAUUUUUUUUUCAUCGUAUAUAAAAACACCAGAACGAUAAUCACCAAAGGACCAUAAAAUUAAAAUCCUGUGCAUAUCUCGACAAAAAAAUGAACAUUAUUGAAUUGAAAUGUUGCAAUUAUUUUUUCUUUUUUUUAUUUGUUUUUUAAUGUUGUGAAUUUCAUCUGAAGAAAAAAAAUUUCUACAUAUAAAAAUUAUACCUCGUCUACGAAACAAAUCAGAAACAAAACAAAACAAAACAAAAUGGCCAUUACAUUUCACAAGAUUGAAUACAACAUCAUACGUACAAUGACAACCAUUUCGAUCAUCACAUUGAUCAUAUUGUCUGUUUAUCAUCUGAAUUUAACGUUGGAAUUUUUAAAAAAAUUAAUCGAUCAUAUUGAAGAAACUGAUUCUGUUUAUGAACGGCAUGCAUCGAAAAAUCGAACAUUGGCCAAAAUGAUGUUCGAACCAAUGCAACGUACUGCACAUUCAAUGUAUGAAAAACAUGAACCAGCAAUCCUAAUGAAUGUCGUCAUACUUACAUCGGUAAUUGCAUUUUCAAUGGCCGGUUUAGUUGCUGCAUUACGUAAACAUAAAAUUAUGUUAUUCAUCUAUGCCAUUGCAUUGGAUCUUAUCUAUUUGACCACUUUUCUUUAUUGUGCUCGUUUACCAUCAUUACAUUGUUCAUUGAUUGUAUUUGUAUCCAUUAUUGUUUAUCUUCGUGUCCAUCAUUUAUGGUCAAAAAAUUCUACGGAUAAAGUACACCUGUUACAGGCUUCGACAACAACAUCAACAACAACAACAUCGGCAACAAUGGCAGCCGAUAUUAAUCAUCAUGAUUUGAUGAUUAAAAAUAAUAUUGUAUGACCAUUAAUUGAUUGAUCAAACACCACAAACGUUCAUUUGUAAAUGUUCAUCAUCAUUAAAUGACAAAGCAAAGGCAAAAAAAAAACAAAAACAA